CGGUUUUCCUCGGAUAUAUUCUCCAUAGACGACUCCCUGCCUUUUAUUAUGAACAUAUUCCUGGCCCAGAUUUGCGGUAUACUGGGAACCAUUAUAUUGCAGUUCUACUUUUACCACUUGCUGUGCUCUAUUACAAAAUCCAGAAAUACUACCGUGAAAGUUCACGUGAGUUGAAGAGAAUCUCCAGUGUGACACUGUCUCCAAUCUAUGCCCACUUCUCCGAGUCUAUAACUGGAAUGACCACAAUAAGGGCCAUGAGGGAACAAGAGAGGUUUCAGUUGGAGAACAUCAGUCACCUGGAGACCAAUCAGCGUGCCCAGUUCACCUCACAGGCUGUUGUUAGCUGGCUGGUGUUCCGUCUGCAGAUGCUUGGGGUAGCCAUGGUGACAGGGAUUGCGUUCAUUGCCGUGCUGGAACACCACUUCCGCACAGUCAAUCCUGGUCUUGUAGGGUUGGCGAUUUUGUACGCCCUCUCGGUGACCAACCUCCUGGGUGAUGUCUUGAACUCGUUUGCUGAGACUGAGAAAAAGAUGGUGAGCGUGGAGCGUGCUCAGCAGUACAUUGAGGACGUACCCAACGAGAGAAUGGAGGGAUCUCUACUGGUUGAACCCGCAGAGAAAGUGGGAGUUGUGGGAAGAACUGGGUCGGGCAAGUCGAGCAUUUUCCUGGCGCUUUUUCGGAUGGUUGAAAUUUACAAGGGAAACAUCUUUGUGGAUGAAAUUGAUCUAAUUCAUUUAGAUUUGAAGGAUAUCAGAUCUAGAUUUGCAAUAAUACCCCAGGACCCUUUCCUGUUCAGUGGCUCGGUGCGAGAAAACUUGGACCCAACUUGUGUUCACUCAGACAGUGAACUAUGGAGUGUCCUUGACAAAUGUCACCUUCGCAGAGUUGUGGAGAAGCUUGGAGGACUAGGGGCAGAUGCUGGGGAACGAGGAAAACACUUUUCAGUCGGUCAGAGACAACUUGUCUGCCUGGCACGUGCUUUAUUGACCAAGGCUAAGAUUUUGUGUAUAGAUGAGGCUACGGCCAGCGUUGACAUGGAUACGGACAUGCUCAUUCAGCAGACAAUACGCAGCGAGUUUCAGAUGAGCACCGUGCUAACUAUAGCGCACCGUAUCAACACCAUCAUGGACAGUGACCGAGUCCUCAUCAUGGCCGACGCACACGUGGCAGAGUUUGCAGCCCCUGGGCGCUUGCUCAUGAAUCAGGAGACACUGUUUUAUAAACUAGUCAAUGGUCAAUAAAAUCUAGACAAUGAAAAAAUAUACAUUAAUCAUUAAUUGCUUUCUUGUCAUUGCUAGAAAUUCAAAACAAAUAAACAAAAAAGAAUGAUCAAAAAUUUAUGUUAGGUGCAGUAUAUUUUUAUCACGAAGUUAAAAUUUCAAUUAGAUCUAUUUAAAAAAAACUAUUUCUUUAACGAAUUCUUAAAUUUGCAAUCCCCGGCUUUGCUUGCGGUAUUUUUGUCAAUUGCUUACUUGAAAAAUUAUUAUUCAGUCUAUUAAACCUGUUCGGUUUAAAAGCUGCUUCCUUCUAUGUAUAAAAAAUGCACUGUAAAAGAUGAAAUUCGUUACCAAUGUCAGAUAUACUUUGUGGGCAAAUACAUUUAUUUUGAGUACUUAAAAUAUUCAUGUUUAACUCUGGCGUUUUUGGCAGCAAUGAUGGAUUGAAUUUUUUUUAAAUUAUGUUUUGUCCGAGAAUAAUAGCGUCGCUCGAGAUGACAACGAUAUUACAUUACGCUCGUAAAACUUCUAAAGUAAAGCAUUAUUGUAAUGAGUGUUCUGAUUGGUUGAUAUAAAUAAUACCGUAUCGGACAGUUAAAACCGUCCCGGACGGUUUACUAAACUGUCCCGGACAGUUUAAACCGUCCCGGAUGGUUUAUGCGCACGAACGGUCAAAACUUUCCUAAACCGUCCCGGACAGUUUGUAAACUGUCCGGGACAGUUUAGUAAACUGUCCGGGACAGUUUACAAACCGUCCUGGACGGUUUAUAAACUGUCUCGGACAGUUUUGAAUAGUUUUGGACCAGUUCGUACACCAUAGUUUCACGCAUGGACAUUGAUAGUCAAGAUAAUAACAGUUUGAAUAACAAUGAUCAUUAUUAUACAUUACUAUUGCUAUUAAAACCACACAAAUUGAUAUCUGCAUCAUUUAAAUUGUAAUAAUCAGAUUAUGAUUAUCUUGUUAAGCGACUAGGCCGUCAUGGAUUUGGACCGUCCUGACCCGCAUUCGUAAAAUGCACAUAAAUAGACCAAUCAGGUGCCUUUGGAAAAUUCCUUCAGCAGAAAGAGCGUUGUUACGGAAAAGCACGUGUAUUAUACGCUAUUGCUAUUUUUGCACCUCAGAAAACUUUCAGAGCCAUAAACACACCUAUACAAACCUA